AUGGAAGAAGUAAAUCAAACUGCUCUGGCUGAGUUCAUCCUCUUUGGGUUAACAGAGAACCCAAAGCUCCAGUUGCCUCUGUUCUUCAUCUUCCUAGGAGUCUAUCUGGUUACAGUUGUGGGAAACCUGGGCAUGGUCAUCUUGAUUCUGUUCAGUUCUCAGCUGCACACACCCAUGUAUUAUUUACUCAGCAGUCUGUCCCUUAUUGACUGCUGUCAGUCCACUGUCAUUACUCCCAAAAUGCUGGUGAACUUUGUGACAGAGAUGAAUAUCAUCUCUUACCCAGAAUGCAUGGCUCAGUUCUACUUCUUCUGUAUUUUUGCUGUUGCAGAAUGUCACAUGCUAGCUGUAAUGGCAUAUGAUCGCUAUGUGGCUAUCUCUAACCCUUUGCUUUACAAUGUAACCAUGUCCUAUCAAGUCUGUUUGUGGAUGAUAGCUGGGGUAUAUGGUAUGGGCUUACUGAGUGCCACAGUUCACACUAUCUUCCUGAUAAGACUGCUCUUCUGUAAAGCUAAUAUAAUAAACCAUUACUUCUGUGAUUUCGUUCCAUUACUGGAGCUCGCUUGCUCUAGUACUUUUAUCAAUGAAGUACUAGCUUUGUCCUUCAGUGCAUUUAAUAUUAUUGCACCAGUUAUGAUCAUCCUUAGCUCUUAUGUCUUCAUCAUUGUCAACAUUCUUCAUAUUCAGUCUGCAGGGGGCAGGUCCAAAGCCUUCAGCACAUGCAGCUCCCACAUCUUGGCUGUUUCUGUCUUCUUUGUGUCAUUAGCAUUCAUGUACUUACAGCCAUCGUCAGUCAGCUCCCUGGGCCAAGGCAAAUUUUCUUCUGUGUUUUAUUCCAUUGUUGUGCCUAUGUUGAAUCCCAUGAUCUACAGCCUGAGAAAUAAAGAUGUCAAAGUUGCCCUUAAAAAGUUAAAACAGAAGAUAAGUUUCCUCACAACAAAAAAUAGUUUUCAUUAG